AUGAUCAACAUCCUCAACUCUGUGCUCAAUCACGCUCCUGAAGUGAAACGCGUUGUCAUCACUUCCUCUUUUGUCGCGAUGGUAGACUGCAGCAAGGGCUCGUGGCCAGGUCACGUUUACUCCGAAGCCGAUUGGAAUAUGACACCGUACGAAGUCGCAGCCGCCAAAGGGGCUCCGACUGGUCUGGCAUACUCCGCUGCCAAGGCAUUGGCUGAACGUACUGCCUGGGAUUUUAUCAAAUCUGUAUUUAGUAAGAAGGCACAAUAA